AGAUUUGUCAAGUGUCUUAAUAAGAUCUGUCGGUUUAUGCAAUUCACCUGUUUGGGUCUGUUUAACAUUAAAAUAAUAUAUAAUAAUCGUUAUUUCUAGAUGAUUAAUAAAUAGAAGAGAAAUCAAGGUUCGAUAUGGCUGAAACUGUUCCAAUAAAUUUACCAUCUCCUUCAAGGAAAGCAGAGUUUUUAAUUCCUAAAAUAGACAACGAAAAAUCUGUUUACCAUUGGAACCAACGCAUGAGAAUUAAAUGGAUGUUCACUUAUUUUUUUGGUUGUUUAUUGAUUUAUUCAGUUCGAAGUUCCAUUUCCAUAUGUGCAACUGCGAUUGGUAAAGAUCUCGGUUGGGAUAAGCACAUAGCUGGUAUGGCAUUGUCUGCCUUCUUUUGUGGUUAUAUCACUACUAAUGUGUUAGGUGGUUAUUUAGCAGACCGAUAUGGUGGAGAAAUAGUUAUGUUCUAUACUGGUCUUGGAUGGGGUACUUUAACACUAGCAUUUCCAAUGCUGGCUCACUCACACACAGUCCUUGGUUCUGGGACCGCUGCUGUUUUAGCUGCAAGGUUUUUAACUGGUGUAUGUCAAGGGGUGUUUUUUCCAUCUCUUACCGCAAUUUUAACAAAACAUGUUCCUGUUGCUGAACGAGGAUUUGUUUACAGUUUUUCUAGCUCUGGAUCAUCAGUGGGAACUAUUGUAACUGGUCUAGGAGGUUCGUUAAUCAUAGAUGUUGCGGGAUGGCCAAUGGUAUUCAUUAUUAUUGGUCUGUUAUCGUUGCUCUGGCUUAUAUGGUUGAGGUAUUUACAUACCAUAAAUAGAAACAGCGAUAUUGUUGAAAAUGAAAAUUCAACGCAGUUGGUAGAGCCGAUACCAUGGAGAACACUUGCACUCACGCCCUCUGUAUGGGCGUUAGUAGUUUCCUUCUUUUGUAGCAGUUAUUGUUUUUAUAACCUGCUUGCCUGGACACCUGUAUAUUUUCAUGAUUUAUUUCCGGAAAGCAAAGGUUGGGUGUUUAAUGUUGUGCCAUGGUUGCUAUCAUUUUUACUCGCCAACACAGCCGGAUAUACUUCAAAUAUUCUUAUUUCAUCCGGCAUGUCAAUGACGCUCAUGAGAAAACUUUAUGCAUGCGUACUGUUUAUUGGAACUAUCAUUUUCUCGUUGAUGUUGACAUCUGUUGAAACUUUCAGACAAGCGUUAUUUGUCAUGAGUUUCAAUGUAGGUGCAAAUGCAUUUUCAACCUGCUCGUUAGCUUUAAACCCGCAAGACAUUGCACCAAAGCAUGCUGGGGCUUUACUUGGUUUUAUAAAUAGUUGUGGUGCUUUUGCUGGCUUUGUUGGAGUUUAUUUGACUGGUCAUAUGCUUGAAACUACUGGGAAUUGGUCAUCAGUUUUUUAUACCAUAUCUGUUGUGUCCUUUAUAGGAUUAGUAUCAUUCACAUGUUUAGGCUCUGCCAAGAGAGUUGUUUGAAUAUUCUUACAUAGUAAUGCAUUUCUGUUAUCACACUAACGUAGGAUUGAACUGCCAUAAUUUUAAUAUGCCUGUUCUUCUUAUGAGUUGAAAUUAGUGUGCAUAUAAAUGCUUGUUUCAGCGAUCCUUUCUCUCUAACUUUAUGGCGCAUUCCUAGAAGUUUAAUUGAGGUCAUUUCGAUAUCAAAAGAAGUGGGUGGUGACUGGAGGCUAACCGAACCAAUGUUGACUCCUCGGGUAGCCAAUUAUUAUUGCCCAUUGUUUGCACAAAUGUCUGUUCAAAAAAGACAAUUUGGUAAAAGGUUUUGAAACUUUUUUAAAAAAUGUUUUUCUAUAUAUUUUACAAGAAAUUAUUUCUAAGUUUUUAAAUAUAUACAAAAAUUACAUUUACAUAUGUGGUUAUUUUUCUGUUGGUGUUGUUGUUAUGGUGAUGUGAUGUUGCUGUUACUGUGAUUGUUGUUGUAGUUGUUAUGGUGAUGUGAUGUGAUGUUGUUUUUGUUGCUUUUUUGUUGUCUUCUUGCCAUUGUUUUCUUGGUUGUGGUGGUGGUGAUGGUGGAACAUUGUUUUCUAUUUUCUUUUUGUUUUAGCUGUUCACUUUUUACACUUUUUUGAUUAGAACCUAUUUUUUAGAAACGUUCAGGCUAACAUUUUAUUAAAAUUAAAACAAUCAAAAACAUUCUGAACCUUAACCAAUUUUUUUUUCUCUUCUCAGCAAUACAUGUAUAAGGAUUUACAGAUGAGAGUAACAGAACAGAUCGAUGCCAAUGUAGUAUCUUCAGUAGUAACUUUAAGAAAUAUUUAAGAUAUACACGGGUUCACCAGUCAGUAAAAUUACUCUGGGAGAGGUUCAAAACGCGGAUAUUAUUUAUAAGAGACUAGUCAUAAGAAUUUCACAGGAAUACCCUGUUGCAACAAAGUUGGUAAAAUAUAUCACAUUUGCUAAUUUCGUGUUUCCCGUGUUACUACUUUUUUUCUCGCGCAUAGAUAGAAUACGGAUAUCGCUAAUAUAGAAACUAGUCUUUAGUCCGUAUAUUCCGCGGAUUCAUCUGUCGUAAAAAUUAUGGACUUCAAUUUUUCCCCUGUCGUGCAAUCUGGAAAUCGCCAUUUCAUACAUUCACGAAGUAGCAUUUGGUUACCAUUUUAAACAAAAUACAGGUAUUAAUGUACGCUUAUUUUUUUAUAGAAUAUCAAAAUUCUGACCAGCAUGGUCAUUAUUCUUAUUUAUUGUUCUAAACAAUAGACCUGUGUAAUUUGGAAUUUCGUACAUAUGUGUUGUACUUAUUUGGUAGAAAAUCAUAUUGUAAAUAUCAACAAAAAUGCAUUUAACUUUUCUGAAGAAAGAAUACAUUUUAUUGUUAA